CAAAAUUUGUGAUAGUGUCAAUGAUAUGACAAGGAUAAAAUAAAAUUUUUCAGAAUAACAAAUAUAGCCAAGUUUAAUGAAAAAAGCUAUAAAAAAGAAGUUUUCUGGUACAAAGAGUUUAAUUCGUAACGCCCUAUCCAAGACAUCUACUUCAUCAUAUGAAUCGGUUUCACAAACUGUAGAAAACCCGAAAGAAUAUAUGGAGCAAGAAAUUUUAUUGAAAAACGAGCUGGAAGCGUUAAAAGAUCAAAUAUCAAAUCUAAAAGCAGCCGUACAAGUUUUACAAGAUGAAUCUGACCAAAAGGACAUUUCGAUCGCCAAUUUAGCUAGAGAAAAAGAAAAAAUAUCUUCAGACCUCCUUAAAACUCGAAGAUCCAAUGUAUCUUUGGCUAAACAAUUAGACGAUGAACGAAAGUUUUAUUUUAAGGAAAAAGAAUUAUACUGUCAAGAAUGAAUGAAUGUAAAAAACUUCGAGCACUUUAUAGUAAUAGUUCAGCGGCUCAAAAUGAGAAAACUAUCGAUGAGUAUAGGAACGAGCUUGCAAAAAUAAAGCAAAAUUUAAAUCAAACACUACAAGCUAACUAUAAUUUAAGUAUUAAGUUUUUAAGGAUGAAAAAUACCAAAACUUGUUUAAAAACCGAGAUGCGAACGUUGAGAUUGGAAUACGAGAAGCUGGUAAGCGAUUAUAAAAGCAGAAUUGAAAGUCUCAUAGUAGAACUAAAUGAUUUAGUAAACGAUAAACUAAACACAACUAUUUCAUGUAGCAGCAAAAAGUAUUUACAGGUAGUUAAGCAAAACGGUUGUUUGGUUUAUGAAAACCUAUGUCUUCAACUUGAAGUAGAUAAUUUAAAUUUCAAACUUGAAAAAUUAAAACUAAGUCAGACGAAAUAUUCUACAAAUGAACAUUUAAGAUACGUGAAGCAUUCUAGGCGAAGUCAGGAUCCGAGUUGUUUAAGAAACAAUGGGGAUGAAGCUCCGGAAAAGCUAGAGAGAGAACCACAACCAUGCUGUAGCAAAACAAACGAUUCUGAUGUAAUAAAAAUAUACGAGAGAAACGAAACUUCUGUAAUUCCUACUAUAAAGCUGAUGAACGAGCAAAAAUCAAAACUACCAGAGAAAAAGAAACGGAAGAAGAAAGAAUUACUUCCAAAUCAAUCCACCAGCACUAAAAGUGAAAAUCAAGUAAAUACACAUGGAGUUGAAAACACCCUCGUAGAAGACAAUUACAAAAAGAAAAUAGCCAAUAAUUUAUCAAAAAUUGCAUUGUUUCAAGUUUCUACUACAACAUCGAUUACUUCUGGAAUGUCAAACUACCUACCAAGUUCAAAUUUGAAAAGAACUCAAUCUUCACCCAAUAUUUUGGAAAACUUAGAUUUUCAAAAAAACUCUUGAAGUUUUAAAAUAUAUUUUUAUAUGUAAGCGUCAACUUUUGUUUGCU